AUGAAUAUGGACAAUUAUAUUCUCGUGGAUCCACUAACGGCAAAACCGAUCGAAUGUUGGAAAAAAUAUUUGCGACAAGGCAGAAUAUCGGAGCCGGCAAAGACGCUCAGAUUAGACUCGCCCAUCCACGAGCACAAGGUGCGCUUCGUUUGUAUCUCGGACACACAUGAGAAAUUGGACGAAGUUCUUCCUUUGGUCCCUGACGGAGAUGUACUAAUUCAUGCGGGCGAUUUCACAAAUUACGGCGAUGUUGGCGAGGUGAUCAAAUUCAACGCCGAAAUUGGCAAACUCCCUCACAAAUACAAAGUGGUCAUAGCGGGGAAUCAUGAGCUCGGAUUCGAGGAUGGAGAGGAGAUGAACGAAAAGCAAUUAGCUGGUUUGAACAUGCUCGGAAUCACAAAAGCCUACGAGUUGCUAUCAAAUUGUAUCUAUUUGUGCGAUCGGGAAACGAAGCUCUUCGGCUUGAGGAUCUACGGCGCCCCGUGGCACUCGAUGCCCGGUUACUCGUUUUUCCGACCAAGGGGACAAAAGAUCUUGCACAAAUGGAAUCAAAUACCAAAUGGCGUCGAUGUUCUCAUCACGCACUCGCCUCCAUUGGGUCAUGGUGACUUCAAUGCGUGGAACAAGAUGGACGGAAUCUUGGCCGGUGACGUCGAGCUGCUGAACACCGUUGAGCAACGUGUGAAGCCAAAGUUGGUGUUUGCCCCAAAU